UCCCAGCGCUUUGAAAUCCCAUCCCGGCUUUGUUGUCUCCCUCCCAAGGGGCCGGAAUGCUCCGGGCCCGCGGUAUAAAGGCAGCCGCGGUGGCGGUGGCGGCGCAGAGCUCUGUGCUCCCUGCAGUCAGGACUCUGGGACCGCAGGGGGCUCCCGGACCCUGACUGUGCAGCCGAACCGGCACGGUUUCGUGGGGACCCAGGCUUGCAAAGUGACGGUCAUUUUCUCUUUCUUUCUCCCUCUUGAGUCCUUCUGAGAUGAUGGCUCUGGGCGCAGCGGGAGCUACCCGGGUCUUUGUCGCGCUGGUAGCGGUGGCUCUCGGCGGCCACCCUCUGCUGGGAGUGAGCGCCACCUUGAACUCGGUUCUCAAUUCCAACGCUAUCAAGAACCUGCCCCCACCGCUGGGCGGCGCUGCGGGGCACCCAGGCUCUGCAGUCAGCGCCGCGCCGGGAAUUCUGUACCCGGGCGGGAAUAAGUACCAGACCAUUGACAACUACCAGCCGUACCCGUGCGCAGAGGACGAGGAGUGCGGCACUGAUGAGUACUGCGCUAGUCCCACCCGCGGAGGGGACGCGGGCGUGCAAAUCUGUCUCGCCUGCAGGAAGCGCCGAAAACGCUGCAUGCGUCACGCUAUGUGCUGCCCCGGGAAUUACUGCAAAAAUGGAAUAUGUGUGUCUUCUGAUCAAAAUCAUUUCCGAGGAGAAAUUGAGGAAACCAUCACUGAAAGCUUUGGUAAUGAUCAUAGCACCUUGGAUGGGUAUUCCAGAAGAACCACCUUGUCUUCAAAAAUGUAUCACACCAAAGGACAAGAAGGUUCUGUCUGUCUCCGGUCAUCAGACUGUGCCACAGGAUUGUGUUGUGCUAGACACUUCUGGUCCAAGAUCUGUAAACCUGUCCUGAAAGAAGGUCAAGUGUGUACCAAGCAUAGGAGAAAAGGCUCUCAUGGACUAGAAAUAUUCCAGCGUUGUUACUGCGGAGAAGGUGAGUUUCAUAUUUCAAGUUUUGUUUAACCUGAAAUCUGUCGAUUGGAAUGAGGAUACGGAUACAGUAUUUUAAAGAAAACCCACAGGAAUAAAAUCUAAAUUUUCUUUGCAUUUGUACUUGCCAGAUUUCAUAUUGUUUAUACUGAGGAAAAGGAAAACAAACUUCCCAAUUUAUACUUUUUCUGUAGUAUUCUAAAGUCUGCACCCAAACCACAAAAUGCUGCAUUUCAGGCCUGCAAAGGAUGGUAGUGACUGAUCAAUCGUGCAAUAUUUCCUUAAAUAAUGCAGAUGUACUAGACCGUUUGUUGUUUUUGUGUUCCUGGAAGUGGUUCAAUUUCAAGGGUCUCAACCAGUGGGACACAAGCUUUGGCUGGUUCUUCACUGAAAGAGGAACUGGCAGGAUGUCUGCUGUUACAUUCCUUUUGUCUGGAAGUCUCAGCUUCCUCACCCAGGAGAAACUUUCUUUUUCUACAUGCGCUUGUUUUCUGAAGUGCCAGAAAGGCCAAUUCUAAGGCCUGCCAUGUCCAAUAAAGCACAAUAAAGGAAAGGAAACGGGAAACUUUUUCUCCAAAAAGAAGAAAGAAGAGACUUCUGCUUAAGUGGGUAAAGAAGCAAACUUUUAAAGGGCUUUGGUUAUUGGAUCCCUUCCUUUCUACAGGAACGGACCUCAGUACAUUGACCCUAGUGAUAGCCUUUCUUGCUUCUCAUCUCCAGAUGAGAGAUGUGUGGAAGAAUACAAAACCAACCAGAGGGAUGCCUCUUCUUCCUAUCCAGCUGAGAAAUUAGGAAAGGAUUUCCAUUAAAAAGAAUUCUUCAUAAUUAUAAAGGUGGAAAAUACCAAGAAAAUUGUAGGUUUUUAUUAGCUAGUAAUAGAGGCUAGACGAUGGAAAUCAGAUAAAAGACAAAUUCAAAAGAGGAUUAUUUAAGGAAUCUAGAACAAUCUGGGUAAUGAUUGUUUAAAAUGUCUGUUGUUGUUGCUGUGUGACUUUUAAACAAUGUAUUUUAAUGGAAAAUACAUGAAUCUGGGAAAAUUUCACAAGGUAUUUUAUUGAAUGUUAGUGUACUCUACACGCUGUCCUGCACCUUGCUUUUUUUACUCUAUGCGUCUUGCAGAUCAUUUUAUAUAAUACAUAGAGAGGUGACUCAUUCUUUUUAAAUGUUACAUUAAGUUUGUAGUAUGUCAGAAUGGCAAUACUAUAAUUGUUUUAACCAGUGACGUUUAAGUUGUUUCCAGAUUUUUUGAUCUAACAAAUAAUGUGUCAUGAGUAUAGAAUUUUUAUGUUCAUGUACUAGUAUAGUUAUAGGAUGACUCAUAUUUGAAGCAAAGUCCAAAACACAUGCUUUCUGUAGCUACUCAUAAAUUCUGGUAUGAGCAAAAUGUCAAGAUGCUUGCUUAUCACUGACCAAGUGAUAAUUAAGCUCUUGCUAAACUGUAUCAAAGGAGAAAAAGGGAAAUACAGGCUUAUACUAACAAUUUCACAGUGAACAGUAAUCUCUGGCAUUCAGUUAAAGCUAGACUUGUUCUAAUUACUUUGAUUUUGAAAUUAUUAUUAAAUAAAAUCACAAGCCUUUUCUCACCA